AUGAUGGAGAAGGACGUGGAUCAGGGUGACGGCGGUUUGGCUCGUCCAAAAGAGAGCCAUGCCGCGGAGCAUAUGGGUAAUAGAGUGUCGCUUGCGAGGAUGUCAAUCGCCGGACCGCCGCCGCCGCCGCCGCCGAAGGAGAAUGUUCUCCGCCCGAUGACGAGUUCGACCAAGAGGCUUUCCUUCUCAACGACGACGAGUCAACGGAAGAUCAAGUAUGGGACUGGAAAGCACGCUCAGACUGAGCUGAGCCCUCAACCGACUGAUGACCUUGAUGAUCCUCUGAAUUGGCCACAGUGGAAGAAGGAACUGAACUUCUUUGCGAUUCUGAUGACGGUCGGCUUGGUUGGGGGAAUGAAGACAGCAUGUGUCAGCGUCAACAGCGUUCUAGCCGUGCAGUUCAACGUCUCAUAUACAGCCGUCGCCUCGUUGACCGCCGUGCCGCUCGUGAUUUCGUCAUUCACGGGACUUUUCAGUCUGAUGGCAUCCAAGAUCUGGGGUAAAAGGCCGGUGUACCUGGUGUCGAUGGUUCUAAUCUUCAUCGGCGCGAUAUGGAAUAUGGCGGCAGGCGGCAGCUUCGGCCAGUGUAUGGGAGCGCGCGUUUUCCAAGGCCUGGGUUGGGGCGCGUUCGACACUCUUGUCCUUGGCUCUAUCCAGGAUACAUAUUUCGAACACGAGCGCAACACCCGGAUCACAGUUUACAAUAUCCUCUCCGUCGCAACGACUUGGGGUGCGCCGAUCCUCGGCGGCCUCGCCUCGCAGAACGCAGGCCAGUUCACGAUCCAGUUCGCCAUCAUCAACGUCUUCCAGAUCCUCGCCAUUCCACUCCUCGUCUUCGGCGCUCCCGAGACUGCGUUCGAUCGGUGGUUCAGCGGCAGCCCUGCGCCGACUCCUGGGUCUUCGGCGCCGUGGGUGUCUGUGCCGCCGAAGCCGCUCAGCAAGCCGACGAUUGAGGAUGCUAAAGCCUACAUCCGCACGAUGCGCCCCGUCUCUUUCUCUGGUACGAUGGACCUGCGAACGAUCCUCCAGGCACCCCGGGCAUUUGCUGCGCCGACGACUAUCGUGCUCUUUGUCGUCACAUUCUUGCCGUAUUGCUCGUUGUGGGGCCUGACCGAGUCACUUUCACUGCUGUUCUUCCCCAUGCCGUGGAUGCUUCCCGCCUCCUCCUUGGGCGGGUUGAUGGUAGCCCCCUUUAUUCUGGUUGUACUCACCAUCAUGGGAUUCGCAUUCUACCGCAGGCGGCGCCCGAAUUGCUCUCCUUGCGACAUUGUCUGCACCCUGGUUGGGGGCACUGUUCUAGCUGCGGCGGGCAUCCUCGCCUUCGGCUUGAAGACAUUCCACGUCAUGUCCGACGUAGCCGACGUGCCUUCCGCCAUGUUCGCCACCGACGGGGUCGGCACUCAGCUGUCGUUCCCACUCAUAUCUCUACUUCUCGGCUUCCUUGCAGCGGGUGCGAGUGUCCUCGACAUGGCGAUUCGGCCGAUCAUCUGGCGCUCUACGCAAUUCACCUCUUCCAACAUGAACGUCUGUCUCCGCAACGUAGCCGAUAUGGACGCCGGUGUGACCUGCUGGCGCAACCUUUUCGCUGGCAUCUUCGUCAUGACCAUCCCCAACGCCAUCGUCAUGUGGGCUGGGCUAAAGUCGACGGUUGUCGGGCUGGGAGUCUCUCAAAUCAUCAUCGGCCUGGCAGUCUGCAGCGUAUGGUGGUUCUACGACGAUUACGUCAGGGGAUUGGAUGGGAAGGUGAUGGGUCUGGUUGAUUUGAGCAUGUUGAAGAGGACGGGAAGCUUCUUUGAUACGGAUUAA